AUGGAGCAGCCUUGGUGGUUAUCAUAUUUACUUGCUAUUUUCUUGCUGCGUCUUGACACUAAAUUAGUAGGGGAAGCUUUUCAACCGGAAUUUGCAGAGCCGUUGUCGAAUUUAACAAUAGUCAUUGGUCGUGAUGCUACUUUUAGGUGUCUUGUGCAAAACCUUGGUGGCUACCGUGUAGGUUGGGUAAAAGCGGAUACAAAGGCCAUACAAGCAAUACAUGUUCAUGUAAUAACUAAUAAUCACAGGGUGGCCGUGUCGCAUAACGGCCAGACUGUUUGGAACCUACACAUUAGAAACGUCCAGGAGGAAGAUAGGGGUCAAUAUAUGUGUCAAAUUAAUACAGAUCCAAUGAAAAGUCAGAUGGGAUACCUAAAUGUUGUUAUUCCUCCUGAUUUUAUAUCUGAAGAAACAUCAGGCGAUAUAAUGGUGCCCGAAGGUGGUACUGCUCAAGUAUCGUGUCGCGCUCAUGGGCAACCAGAGCCCCGAGUUAUGUGGCGAAGAGAAGAUGGAGCGGAUAUUAUAAUCAGACAUAGCAAUGGAAGUAAAACCCAAGUUCUAAUGUAUGAAAAUGCCAUUCUGACGUUCAACAAGAUUUCUCGUUCUGAGAUGGGCGCAUACUUGUGCAUCGCGAGCAACGGCGUGCCUCCUUCUGUUAGCAAGAGGAUUGUCAUCAAAGUCCAUUUCCAUCCGGUAAUUCAAGUUCCUAAUCAACUCGUUGGAGCUCCUCUCGGCACUGAUGUUACCCUAGAGUGCUAUAUUGAGUCAUCGCCGAAAUCCAUCAACUAUUGGGUCAGAGAUUCCAAUGAAAUGGUGAUAUCGUCAAACAAGUAUGAAGUGGUGAAUACAAUGAUGAGUUCAUUUGAGAGUCGUAUGACACUCACAGUCCGUCGAUUGGAGAAGACCGAUUUCGGCGGUUACAGAUGCGUGGCUAAAAACUCCCUUGGUGAAGUAGACAGUGUGAUCAGACUUUAUGAAAUACCUGGACCAGAUCGAAUUAAAGAUCUAAGCACAGUUAACAACAAAGAAGAUUAUAAGUUUUCAACGCCUCUAGAAGGUCCUGAUAACCAAUUUGGAUCUGCUGAAAGAUCAGAUGAUGAAGACGAUAAAGAAAUUUUCACCGAUAUCAUCAAAGGUGUAAAAUUAAUUACUAAUUCCGAUGAUUUAUCAAAUAGAUCACUUCAAUCAUUGCAUUCAAAUACAGUUAGUAAAUUAAACUUAAGCAACAAAGUUCGUAAAAUUAUUGACACGUUUGAAAUAGAACAAAAGAAUGGAGCUGGUAGAAGUUACGUCUUACAUUUAAUGUUCUUUUUAAUCUGUUUUGUAUUAUCUUACAUCCAUUUAUUAAAAUGUUAUUGUUAA